AUGGCUGAAUAUAUGCCAGUUGGUCAAAGUGUUUCAUUAAAACAGUUUGAUCCAGAUAAUGAAGCACUUAUUAAUGAAUAUUUUUCAUCAGAAAAAGUCGAUGAAGCUGCUGAACAUUGUUUACGUUUAAUUGGUAGUAAAACAAUUAUAUCACAUAAUAAUCAUAAUUAUAAUAAUGAUGAAAAUAAUUUAAGUUAUACAGCACGUAAAUUAAAAUGGAGACAUUGUAUUCUUAAAGAAUUAGAUCGUAUUAAUCGUGGUUUAUUUACAUGGAAUAUUGGUUCAUUAUUUAAUUAUCAUAAAGAUAUGAAUACGGUAGAAUAAAUUCAAUAAAUAGAUCAUUAUUAAACAAAUUGAAACAUCAAAAAAAAUAAAGAAAAACCAUAGAAACAAAAAUACUUUAAAAGAGACUAUAUUUCUUUUUUCAACCUCAAAAACAAUAAUAA